CGAUGUUCUCUGCAGAGGAAUCGACCUUCCUGAUAAGUCCUAGUGGGGACCCCGGGUUAUCUUCUCAGACUUUCUCUCGCUUUGCCCUGUCAACACCUUAUCUGGUGGCUCCCAUCUCCCAUCGCCCGCAUGGUUUUCCCUCUCUGAUUCGCUAUGCCCUGUCUCGAAGUCCUUUCUGAUCGGGCUUCUAGAAGCUGUCUAUCGCUCCCCCUCUCCAUGUCAGAAUAGUACAAGUAACCAUGGCUGCGCAUGCGACCGCUGAACCUCCUGUCCUUUCUCCUCUGCCUCCGCCUCUGCCUCCCCCAGUGCGAGCGAGAGACACCCACAAUCAAUCUCCUCAGUCGCACUUCGACAUCCUGCUGCAAUGGAUUUUGUUCACGGCGACCAAGCCGAUCGGCGCCAGUCUCUCGAGCGUCCGCACAAUGACAAGCAGGUCGUUGUCGAGAACGAGAAGGAGGCCCACGCGGACAUAGACGUCGAGGCAGCCAACUCAACACCAUACGAGGAGGGCACCGCGGAAGAGGCUGAGGCUAUUCGUGCGCGCGAUCUCCAGCAGAAGAAGGGCAUCCUGCGCAAACUGCGCCAGGGAGAGGAAUGGCUGGAUGCGAAGAUGGGCAUUGAGACACAGGGCGUGGACCGCAUUCGUGAGGAGGACAAGAGACCGCCGUCCAUCCUCAAUGUCUUCUUCAUGUGGUGGUCAGUCACUUGCCAUGUCGGCACCCUUCCAAUUGGCAUGGUAGGCCCCGAGAUGGGUUUGACCCUCCGUCAAUCGGUUGCGGGCAUCGUCGUGGGCACUGUCCUCGGCGCUCUCUGCACGGCGUGGUGUGGUAUCCUGGGUCCCAAGCUGGGUCUCCGUGCCAUCGCAACCUCGCGAUACUCCUUUGGUUUCCACGGCGCAAAGAUUUGCUCUUUCCUCAACGUGAUCGUGGGCGGUGGCUUUGCCGUUGUGAAUGUGGUCGUCGUCGGUCAGAUCCUCUCCGCCGUCUCCGACUACACCAUGACCAUCUCGGUUGGCUGUGUGAUUAUCGCGGUCAUUGGUUAUGUCGUCUCGGUCUUCGGGUUUCGACUUAUCCACACGUACGAGAAGUAUUCGUGGAUCGCAGGAUUCAUCCUGAUAGUGGUCUUGAUCGGCGAAGUUGGCCACAAGGUCGACCCCGGUUUUCCAGGCAAAGACAAGGGCAUCGAAUUCUCGGCCGCCUUCCUCACCUUCCUCGCCCUCAACUUCUCUUCCGCCUCGGGCUGGUGUUCGAUUGCUUCUGACUACUACUGCAACUACCCGGCGGACACGAAGCCGUGGAAGAUCUGGGCCCUCACGCUGUUCGGUAUCUCCAUCCCCACCGUCUUCGUCACUGUGAUUGGGGCGUGCCUUGGGAACAUCGCGGUCAGCAAUGCCGAUGCGAAUCCUAUCUUGGCCAACGCGUACACUGACCAUGGACUCGGUGGCUUGCUCCGCGAGGCCUACCAUCCCCUCCACUUCUCCAAAUUCUGUCUCGUAAUCCUGGUCUUCACCGUCCUGGGGAACAACAUUGCCGUCAACUACUCCUCGGGCCUGUCCAUACAGCUCCUGGGCCAUUACUUCCAUGCCAUCCCGCGAUUCAUCUGGUCGUUCCUCAACGCGCUCGUGAUUGCCAUCCUUGCUAUCGCCGGCAAGGAUUCUCUGUCCACCAUCGUCUCGAACUUUGUCUCUCUGCUCGGUUACUGGACCAUCUCCUUCACCGUCAUCCUCGUGGUCGAGGACCGAUGGUUCCGCAGACACGAGGGCUAUAAUCUGAAUGCGUGGGACCAACCAUCAAAAUUACCUCUGGGCAUUGCGGCCGUGCUGGCUCUGCUCACGGGCUACCUCGCCGGGGGUGUAACAGGGAUGGCCCAGACGUGGUACACCGGACCCAUCGCAGCCAAAUUCGGCAGCAUUGGAGGAGACGUCGGCAUCUACCUCUCCGCCGUAUUCACAUUAAUCGUCUACCCACCCGCACGCUGGUACGAGCGGAAGGUCAGCGGGAGGUAAU